AAAUGAAGGUGAUAAAAUACAAUACAAAAUAUAUACAUUUAUUUUAAACUGCACUUAUUGUUACCAUGGUAAUGGUAAUCAUGGUAACCGUGCUUUUAACUAGAAAGGCUUUCUAUGACAUCACAUAUGAUGAUGUCAUGUAACUCUGUAACUAGGAUCCAGAUUGGACAUAAUCUCAAAUCUUAAUCACACAUCAUAUCAUCGAUACAAGCAGGAGUUCAACGACGAUACAACAGCGAUCGACUCAGAGACACAAACCUGUCUUAACUCGAAAAAGAGCAAUGGAAUCAGUGAAGAACAAAAAACCAACUGAGCAACCAAAACACCUCGACUGGGCAAGUGCUGUUGAAACACAGAUGGAGACAUUUCCUCCCUCAGUGCAACAACUUUUUCAGUUGGACCUCGGCGCCAACACCAGUCAGGACAUGGAGAUCGGCGAACAAAGUAUACUGCAGAUUCCAGAGCUACUGUUCCAUCAGCUCUUGGAUGAAAAGGAGCAAAAAAUCUAUUUACUGCAAAGGGGGAAAGAAGCCCUGAAUAAAAAGGUAGAUAGACUCAAAGUAGAACUUGCAGGGGUAAAGGAGGAGAAGAUGGAAAGGGAAACAGAGCUGUCCCUGAAAAUAAAAGAACUGCAGGAAGCUCUGAACAACGAGAGAAAGUGCAGAAUGGAGAUGGAGGCAAGCCUCGCGAGAAGGGCUGAGGAAAUGGCCCAGAACGCGUUGGCUGAAAAUAAAGAAGAAACAACCAGCCUCAAGGAAAAGUUAGCCCAGGUCCAGGAGGAUCUGGACAAGUCUCUGCGCCAGUGGGAGGAGGAAAAGACUCUUCUCCUGACUCAGAAAAACGAAGAGACCAGCAGCCUGAUUAAAAAAAUCAGCCAGGCCAAAGAAGAGCUAAACAAAGAAAGACUCCAGUGGCAGGAGGAACGCUCCUGUCUCCUGGAGUCUGUCAAUGUUAUGAAGCAGGCUCUGCAAGAAAAAGAGGAACAGAGACAAAAACACGAGGAGGAACUCAGUAGAAGACUGGCGCAGCUAGAAGAUCUGGUCAGCAAUAUGCCAGAAAAAAAACCAAAAAGGAGAUCUCUGGGGAGACGGUUCAUCCAGAUCUUCAGAAGAACUAGAGGGACCCAAUCUGACUCUGAUCUCCCAAUUAACAUCAACUGAGUAACCCUUCCUCCUACUCUCUCUCUCCUCUCUCCUCACCUCACACUCCAACUCCCUCAUCCUCUGCCCCCAAUCUCUUCCCCUAAUCAACCCCCCUUCACCCCCCUUUACCCCCCCUUUCACAGCAGCACAGGGUCUCACUACAAGGACUGCAGAUAAACAGAAAAAGAAGUUGUUGGUUUAGCAGCGUCGUCUUUCUGUCAGUUCUGCAUGUUCUUCCCUUGUCUGCAUGGGUUUCCUCCGGGUCCUCCGGUUCCCACAAAAAAAACAAAAAAAAAAACCCCAAAAAUUCGACAACAACAACAACAACAAAAAUAAAAAAAAAUACUCA